AGACGUUAUAACUGAGCGAGAGAGAGCUCACGAGGGCGCUCCGGCCUCCACUCUUCGUCUCUUCCAGCCCAGCACGAGAGAAAGCAUAGGCUGCGCGGCUCUCCUCUGCUUUCGCGCAACCGAGCCGGCAGGAAGCAGUGACCGUCGGGGCCCCGGCGGCCGGCUGCCAUGGCGACGGCAGCGGCGGACUGCCGUACGCGAACCGUGCUCAAGGCGGCGCUGUCGAGGACCACCGCCGCCUUCCUCUUCGUCGCCGUCGUCGCCGUCGGGGUGGUCGUCUCGGGUCGCUGGAUCACCGCCACAACCGCUGGACGCCUGAGGCGCCUUCCCACCACCGCGGCCAUUCCCGCCGCCGCCGUACUCCACCCCUCCGAAACGCAACAGCUACAACCGCCGCGCCCGCACUCCACUCCUCCCCCUUCCCGACCACCGUCUCCCUCCUACUCCAUCUCCUGCCCCAGCCUCAACCUCUCCAGUCCCGCCAAAGCGCCCAAAACCUCACAAACCCUCGCGCGCGCGCUCUCCUCUCCCUCCAUCUGCCCCGCCUCCCCCAGCCCGCCCCCGCCCUACGCCGCUUCAUCGCCGUCCUCCAACACCUCGUGCCCGUCCUACUUCCGCUUCAUCCACGAGGACCUCCGCCCAUGGCGCGCCGCGGGCGGGAUCACGCGCGCCAUGCUCGACCGCGCCCGCCUCACCGCCACCUUCCGCCUCGUCGUGCUCGGCGGCAACGCCUACGUCCAGCGGUUCCGCCCGGCGUUCCAGACCCGCGACCUCUUCACCAUCUGGGGCGUCCUCCAGCUGCUCCGUCGCCACCCCGGCCGCGUCCCCGAUCUCGACCUCAUGUUCGACACCGUCGACUGGCCCGUCGUCCGCUCCCACCUCUACCGCGGGAAGAACGCCGAGAUGUUGCCGCCGCUGUUCCGCUACUGCGGGGAUGAUAAAACGCUGGAUAUCGUCUUCCCGGAUUGGUCAUUCUGGGGAUGGCCCGAGAUCAACAUAAAACCAUGGGAUGCCUUGAAGGAGGACUUGAAGGCCGGUAAUAACAGAGUGAGAUGGAUGGAUAGAGAACCUUAUGCUUACUGGAAAGGGAAUCCAUCAGUUUCUGGGACACGUAAGGAACUGGUUAAGUGUAACGUCUCUAGUACGCAUGAUUGGAACGCAAGGAUUUACGCUCAGGACUGGUUCAAGGAGAGCAAGGCAGGAUAUAAGGACUCAGAUUUGAGUAGUCAGUGUGCUCACAGGUACAAGAUCUAUAUUGAAGGAUCAGCGUGGUCUAUCAGUGAGAAAUAUAUACUAGCAUGUGAUUCAAUGACUCUGUUGGUUACACCAAGAUACUAUGAUUUCUUUUCAAGGUCACUUAUGCCGAUUCAGCAUUAUUGGCCUGUUCGGUAUGACAAUAAAUGUGCCUCCAUAAAAUAUGCUGUUGAUUGGGGCAACUCUCACAAGCAAUUGGCACAGCGCAUAGGAAAGCAAGCAAGUAAUUUCAUUCAAGACGAGCUCAGUAUGGACCAUGUUUAUGACUACAUGCUUCAUCUUCUAACUGAAUAUGCCAAGCUCCUAAAAUUCAAACCCACUAAGCCACCUGAUGCUGUUGAGGUAUGUUCAGAGUCUUUGGCCUGCCAAGCUGAAGGCCUCGAGAAGAAGUUUCUUAUGGAAUCCAUGGUGAAGUUUCCCCGUGAUGCAUGUGAUCUGCCUCCUCCCUUCAACCCUCAUGAGCUCAAGUUGCUAAAGCAGAAGAAAGAAAAUUCAAUAAAGCAGAUCCAUAUGUGGGAGCAAAAAGAUUUGGGGGCUUAAAUAACAAUUUUGACCCCCUGCUUUUUUUUUCUUCCAAUCGUAGGCACACAUAAUUGGUGUCUUAUAAUUUGGAAUUGGGGAGUAUGAUCUAACUCAGUGUCAUUGAGGUGCGACCAAAUACCAAUUAUUUAUUGACUGGAUCAACUUAGAAGAAUCUAGAUAAAUCGAGCAGAUACCCAUUUCUUAGGUAUUUUUGUAUAAAGCAAACCAUAGCUACUUAGCUUUAAACAUUUUUCUGUAUUUAAUUUUGUUUUGAUUGGCUUUACUUUGUAAAGCAACUGUAAAUGUGACACAGAAAUUAUACAGAAUAUAUAAUUCUGAUCCGAUAUUCACUUCCUCA